AUGCGUUUGCGGGGAAGCAGACCUUUCUCAGACGCAGGGGGAGAGAUGGGCGAUAUAAGGAAUCGACGUAGCAUAAGUUCGUUCAUCGGACGGCAAUCUAUCUAUCUAUCUAUCUAUCUAUCUAUCUAUCUAUCUAUCUAUAUAUAUAUAUAUAUAUAUAUCUGUUGUGUCAAGUUUCAACACUAUCUCAGUCUUGUCAUCUAUCUAUCUAUCUAUCUAUCUAUCUAUCUAUCUAUCUAUCUAUCUAUCUAUCUAUCUAUCUAUCUAUGUCAUGCUGUUUUUGUAUCUAUCUAUCUAUCUAUCUAUCUAUCUAUCUAUCUAUCUAUCUAUCUAUCUCUAGUUUUGUCAUCUAUCUAUAUAUCUAUGUCAUAUAUGUCAUCUCUAUCUAUCUAUCUAUCUAUCUAUCUAUCUAUCUAUCUCAGUUUUGUCAUCUAUCUAUCUAUCUAUGUCAUGCUGUUCAUAUCUAUCUAUCUAUCUAUCUAUCUAUCUAUCUAUCUAUCUAUCUAUAUAUAUAUAUAUAUAUAUAUAUGUAUCUCAGUAUUUUCAUCUAUCUAUGUAUCUAUCUCAGUUUAUAAGUAUGUUAAAAUGAGGAGUUACUUUUUAAUUACCCUAUCUAUCUAUCUAUCUAUCUAUCUAUCUAUCUAUCUGUAUAUAUAUAUCUCAGUUUAUCUCAUACUGUUCAUAUCUAUCUAUCUAUCUAUCUAUCUAUCUAUCUAUCUCAGUUUAUCUAUCUCAUACUGUUCAUAUCUAUCUAUCUAUCUAUCUAUCUAUCUAUCUAUCUAUCUAUCUAUCUAUCUCAUCCUUCACGAUUUGUUCUUUGCUCUUCCUGGACUUCACACACAGUUGUUGAUUGCAUCUCUCUCUCUCUCUCUCUCUCUCUCUAUCUAUCUAUCUAUCUAUCUAUCUAUCUAUCUAUCUCUCCUUCUCUCGCUGUUUUUCUCUAUAUAUCUAUUUUUCUCUCUCUUUCUUUCUUUCUUUCUUUCUAUCUUUUUCUCUCUCGCUAUCAUUUUCAACAUUAUGCCCAUAUCUAUCUAUCUAUCUAUCUAUCUAUCUAUCUAUCUAUCUAUCUAUCUCACUUUGUUUAUCGAAAGAAUUCAAAAUAAAAAAAUAUAUAUAACGGACACAAACGUAAAGUUUUCCAUUUCUCUCUCAAUUCGAAACCUUCUUUGA